AUGACUACUAAAGCAGUGGUUGAGAUUUUCUAUGAUGGUUUGCUUAGGAAGACUAGAAGGGAACUUGCAGCUGCGUUUGGGGGUAGUUUGAAUAAUGUGACUCCAAGUGAAGGUUAUAAAAUCUUGGAUGACAUGGCUAAGGAGUUCUCUGUCCGGGAAGAAAUCCAAAGUAGGAAAUCGGGAAGUAAGACUGUUGCUAAGGUGGAAAGUGGUGAAGAGUCAAGGUUAGUUGCUGAAGUUAAGGCACUCUCGAAGCAAAUGAAUGAGAGGUUUGAUAACCAAGAUGCAAGGUUUAAGAGCAUUGAAAGGGAUGUGAAGGUCAUAGCGGAUGGUUGUGACUACUGUGGAGAUUAUCAUUACUCGGAAGAUUGCCCGGACAAGCCAGCUCAGGAAGUUAGUUAUGUUCAGAAUCAGCAGCAGGGAUCCUACAGCCAGAACACCGGUUAUCAAAACCGGCAAUCCGGUUCAGCAGGUUUAGCAAUCAGCAGGAAAGCAACUAAUGAGAAAGUGGAAGAACAAUCCAAGAAGAUGCAUUCUGCAUGGGAUUCUAUGACUACUCGUUUGGACGGUUUGACUCAUAAGCUGGAGCAAAGUACAAAGAGCACUCAAGCUACAUUUCAGGAUAUAGAAGCAAAGCUCGAAAGGUUAGGAAAUUCAAAUAGGCAACUCGGUACACUACCGAGUAAUACGCAGCAAAAUCCUAGGCCUCAGCAGAAUAACCAAGGAUCCGGACAGAAGUAUUGCUAUCCGAAUGCUCGAAAUGAGCAAGUGAAUGCGAUCACAACAAGAGUAGGUAAUACUUAUAAUUCUGCAAAUCCUUUGCCUAAUGAUAUUACUCCUAUUGUGCAGGUUGAAGCCAAUGAAGCUGUUGAUGAUGAGAUUGAGAUGGAGCCGAACCCAGCCGUGAAGACACCGGCCGUUCCAUCCAAGACUGUUGAGAAGACUACUGUUGAGAAACCUCCCGUUAAGCCGUAUCAGCCGAAGAUACUUUUUCCUCAACGAUUGAGGAAAGCAAAGAUCAAGGAGAAUUUCAAGAAGUUUGUUGAGUUGAUUCAAAGUGUUAACAUUAGUAUUCCUCUAGUUGAUCUUCUUGCAGGUAUGCCUAAUUAUGCAAAGUUUCUCAAGGAACUCAUUACGGAUAAGAUUAAGUUGGAAGAGGCGAAGACGACAGUCAUGAGUGCCGAGUGUUCCGCCAUCAUCAAGAACGAGAUUCCUCCUAAGUUGGAAGAUCCAGGGAGUUUUCUUAUCUCUUGUUCUUUGGUGUUCGUUUGUAUAAGGCAUUGGUCGAUCUUGGGGCUAGCAUUAUUUUGA